CGCUGCCUUCUGGGAAACAGAGUUUUAGCGUGCCGGCCGGGCUGCUGAAACUGCUUGCGAGGAGGUGCCAAGAUGGCUGCGCUGUGGGGCGGCGGCGCGGGACAUGCCGGGGCUGGGGGAACCCUCCCGCUGCGAGGGGGCCCGGAGUCCGUGGCGGGCAAUGGCCUUUCUUCCACGCAGUACUUAUUGGCAGAGGAUUUGCAUUUGACAUCACUGGAUGCAGAAACCAUCCUUGAAGCAGGAGAGUUCCUGGAAACGAUGCAGGACUACUUAGACUCUUCCGUCAUUUCCAUCAUUGAGGAUUUCAGCAGUCUGACUGAGACAAAAGGCCGCAUGGAUGCAGAGAACGAGCUUUCCCUGUUGACUGCAAUCACAGAUAUUCUGGAUAGCACCGAUGACGAGUCUCUCUCUCCUUUUGAUACCAUUCCUGACUCUGAAUUGUUGACAUCGCCCAGAGACCGUGAUAAUUCUUCGUUUCAGAGGUUUCUCAGCUUGUCCGUGACACCCCCUGAGCAAGACUUCCACACCAUAGAGGACUUAAAGGAGCCUAAACUUUGCUCCAUUGUGACAGAGAAGAUUGAAGCCAGCACUGCCAGCCUCCCUUUGGGACUCCCUCCGAGUUGUCACAAUGAUUCGGCUGCUUCAAAGAAGCCCAGUACCAAGCGGGUGCUGUUUAGGCACAGGGAACGAGAGCUGCCUGUGCAGCAGCGCAGUGAUGGAGAGGAAGAGGAGGAGGAGGAAGCGGCCACAACAAGCAGCAGGCAGGGUUUGGGGGCAGGUGUGAAGGAGACCCUUGUAGCAUCAGCGAUGAAGGAGGUGGAACCGGACCCAUCUGCAAGUGAUGGUCCCUGUGUCAUUGCCCCGGAGAGCAUCUCCCUCAGUGAGCUGGUGAGGUCCAUGCACCCUUACUGCAUACCCACCUUCACGGUGUGCCUGAGUCCUAACAACCGGCCCCUUGCCGAGGAGCUCCUUGCUGGCCCACUUGUUUUGGAGGUGGUGCCUGAGAGUGGAGAGAGCAUGGAGAUCCCUGUGGUCCUGCAGAGAAUGGAGACAGAGAUCCCGGACAGAACUGAGAGCAACUGCACAGCUAGCCAUGUGGAUGAAGGGGCAGCACUCCUGGCCCCUGCCCUGGAAAAAUUACCACCUGAUGACAGCACCAAGGCUGCCUGCCUGGACGGAGAGCCUGAUCUGGAAAAGUGGGCUGAAGAUGUCGGCAGGGUUGCCCUCCAAGGGGUAGAAGAUGCUCAUCCAGGGGCAAAAUCUCAGGACUCAAUGGAUGAUCAAGAUCAUACGUUUGAACCUGGCUCAGCUGCACACAAAAAAGCAAAGUGCAGUGCCUUGGCAAAGGACCAGAUGUGCACCAAGAGAAAAUUGAACAAGGAAACAAUGGGACACAAAGAGGCCACAAGCUGUGGGCUGAUUCCUGUCUGUACUGAAGAGCAGGCUGGGACUAAGCCAAGCCACCCUGUGCCAGAGAAGGAGAUGGAGAAAGCUGGAGGGCAAGGACAGGGCUGGUUGCUGUCAGACCAGUCAGCCCUUACAGUGGAAAGAUCGGACAGUGAGAUGGAGGAACUGGAGCCCCAAACCCCACUUGUGCCAUGCAACAAGGAACUGCAGUUUGGUGAGCACGAGGGGGAUGUGCCAAGUGAGCCCGUCCUGCUGGCUAAUGAGGUGGCUGGCCCAGAACCUCUCCAGCAGCUUCCCAGCAGCACUGCAGACUUUGAAAAGCAGCCUCCCAGUAAUGAGGAUGCUGGCUGCCCCCCAAAGGAAGCUAAGCCCAGGCCUCUGAGCCUGAGCGAAUACAGGCAGCGCCGUCAGCAGCGCCAGCCUCGUGAUGGGAGCUCUAGGAGCGGCACAGAGAACCAGAGUGCCAGCAAGUGGCCCAGCCUCCCUGAACUCCCCACAGAACUGGCUGAGCUUCCUUGCUUGGUCCCACCACUGCCUUCCAAAGUUGCUUCGUCUGGACUGGCAAAGGACCCUGAGAAGCCCACUGGCUCCUCUGCUGCUCCUGUCCCAGCUGGCAAUGCAAGUGCCCCGCCUCUAUCCAUGCCAGCUCCAAAUUCUGCACCAAGAGUGGCUCCUCCAUUGCAGCACGGCUGUAUGAGCCCUGUUCCUCCUCCUCCACCUCCACCACCACCACCACCACCUACCACAUCUCUCCCUGCUGCGUCCCCACUGCCCAGCACAGUCUGUGCCUUUCCCCCUGUUGGGGUUCAGGUGCCUCCAACGCUGCCUCCGCCUUUCCUGCCCCCAGCCUCAGGGGCUUUCCUACCAGCUGUGCCUCCCUGGCCUCCCUUUGCCCCUGUGCCAGCCACCUACCAAAGCCUGCCACCUCCACUUCCUGCUGCUGAGACCCGCCCUUCUGUCUUCCACAUGGUUCCUCCUGUGCUCCCUCCGACCUGGCCUCCCCCGCCCAUUCCUUUGCCGCCCUUAGCCCCAGGCCUCCCUUACAGCUCUGUCGAGUGGGCGCCACAGCCACCGUACUGGCCGGGCAUGCAAGUACCCCUUCCAAUGUUGCCCAUCCCUUACGGGGAUCAGGGACGCCUGGCUGGCAGUUUGCCUGCACCGUCUUGUUCCAAAGGGGUGCUUGGUCCCCAGAAUGCAGCCUUGAUGCCAGAGCCCUCUCACAUCAGAGCACAAAGCCGGGCAGCCAGUGAGAAACCAAGCCUGCCUACGCAGCUUCCGCCGGCGCCUGUCCCUUCUGCCAUCAGAGCUGACCCCAGAAGAGUGUCUGACCCAAGGAGGCAAGUAGCUCUGGGGAAGCUGCCUUCUCCAUCAAUCACUGAGCCUUCAGGGGAAGCGGCAGUGACUCAGUGUGCCAGGAAGGGCUCCAGCCCUCAGUCUUUGGGGGAACCCCAUUCUGCACCUCCUUCCCAGCAAGUCAGGGAGGCCCCAAAGCCCUUGGAAGAGCUGUCCUCUCCUGUUCUGCUACGACCUUCAGGGAAGGCCCCUGUGCUCUCUGACUGUAUGGAGAAGACCUUGAGUAUACCCACUGCAGCUUCAAGUGCCAAAGAGGCGCCUCAAGCUUCCUGGUCGCAAGAAGAACAUUCUUCCUUUCCUGCUGCCUCAGUGCCAGAAAAGCUCACAGCGCCAACUGCAACGGAGGUGGGUGCUGGGGAAGCUGCCCCAACAGCCACCGCUUCUCCAGCAUCAUCGGUGCCCCAGAAGGUGCAUGAAACUGCUCAGCUCUCCAAGAAAACAACCCAUAUGUGGAAGUACCAGCCACUCAUCAACAUUGCACAGCGCAGCUGUAAAGAGGACAUUGUUCAAGCCUUUAUCAAUGAAAUUGGAAUUGAAGCCUCUGAUUUGUCCAGCCUGCUAGAGCAAUUUGAAAAGACAGAAGCCAAAAAGGAAGCUUCUAGUAUGGCAAAAUCUAAGGACAAUGUGACUUUGGGGUACAAUGGCUCUGUGGCACAACAGGAAAAGAAAAUGGUGGACCGGCUUCAGGCGCCAGAGCUCACCAAUGUUGCAGGACUGACGCCUCCAGCCACUCCGCCCCACCAGCUCUGGAAACCUCUGGUGGCCGUCUCCCUGUUGGGUAAGGCUGGCUCCACCAAAGGCGUCAGGCUCACGAAAUCCCUGAGCAAGCCUCACUGGAAAGCUGCAGCCCCAAUUCACGUCGGCUCCGGUGAGCAUGACUACUGUCAGCUUAGUGCCGCUCAGCCAAAGGGAGGUGCCCGGUGGAACGUCAAGCAAAACUCUGACAUAACAAUAAAGCCCAUCAAGGCCAUGGCAGAAGAAGUGCCGGAUCAGCCCCCAGCUGCGAGUCAGCUUCCUGCUGCUGUCAGACUGGACCCUGCUGGCUCCCUUGGCACAGCAACUGCCUGCCAGAGUCUCAAAGAUGUUGGGCGGGAGCAGCUCAGAGCCUCUAUUCCCGUUGCAGCCAGCUCGAGCCCUGACACAUCAGAGUCACCGCUGUUGGACAGCAGCUCCACCAGCUCGCAAAAGGAGCCUCUGGACCACCGGACUAGCACACCAAGGUCCGCAAAUAGGGGCAGCGACGAUCCAUGCUCUGUACUGUUAUCUCCGGCUGCGUCCCCCUGCCGAGAUUCAGAAGGACCCACGUUGCAGCAGCCUCAAGAGGUUCGGCAGAAGCGGCUGGCUUCCAAACGCUCCUUGCGGUGCUACCGGGGCAGGCAGAAGUCAGCCAGUCCCCCAGAGGGGCCCUGGAGAGGCAGACGGACCCGCGCCAGCCGAUCCUUCAGCUCCAGCUCUGAUGGAGACAGUGACAACAGUGACUCUUCAUCCUCCUGCUCCUCCUCUUCCUCUUCCUCCUCUUCUCAGUCACGCUCUCGGUCUCCCCCAGCAAAGCGCUGGCGAAGGUGCCAUUCUCGAAGUUCCAGCUCCUCUUCCUGUGGGAGCUCCUGGAGUCGGUCGAGGGGCAGGUCCCGGUCUUCUUCGCGUUCCUCCUACAUAUCAAGAUCAUCCUCCUGCUCCCCCUCUCUGCACAGAAGGAAGAGAUACAAUUCCAGCAGCUCCCGUGAGUGUUACCAAAGGCAGAAAAACGGUUACAAAGACCGUGCAAUAGAAGAACGGCGUGUUGUCUUCAUUGGGAAGAUCCCCAGCCGGAUGACUCAUUCAGAACUACGACACCGUUUCUCUGUGUUCGGGAUCAUUGAGGAAUGCACCCUGCACUUCCGGGAGCAGGGGGAUAACUAUGGCUUUGUGACGUACCGCUAUGCUGAAGAUGCCUUUGCUGCCAUAGACGGUGGGCAUUCACUGCAAAGCCCUGAUGAGCAGCCCUUUGACUUGUGCUUUGGAGGACGCCGGCAGUUCUGCAAAAGGAACUAUGCCGACUUGGACUCAAACCGAGAUGACUUUGAGCCUGCUCCCGCGAGGAGCAAAUUUGACUCCCUUGACUUCGACACCUUAUUGAAGCAGGCUCAGCGGAGUCUGCAGAGGUAACGCUGGCUCUCUCGGGCUCAUGUUGCCCGGUAGGCAUCUGCCUACACCAGCCUUACCUCAGAUUGGCUGCAGGGGCAGGUGCCCCUUAGGCCUAGCUGCUAUGUCCAGCGUGGUUUUGUAAUGAAAUAUAACAGAAAAAAAUCCCAUAAACAAUUUUUAUCCUGGCUGUUUUUUCUAGGGACUAUUUAAGGGGAAGGACACUUUCUCUAACAGUGGGGACAGGAAUGGAAAAACAACAUCAACCGCCUUCAGUCCGCUUAAUCACUAUGCAGACAAUAAACUCUAAUCAUAGAUCUU